AUGUUAAAAGUAGCAGUCUGCACAUUGCUCGUUCUUAGCAUAACAGCAAUUGAUAUCAAAGCUUCAGUUUGGACAAGUCAUGACUAAAAAAUGUUUGCCCAAAUCAAAUAAUCAGGAUGGGGAAACUUUAUCUUGAAUUUUGGUGAGCUCCAUUUAUCAACAGGUGGUAUCCUUUCAGAACUCAACACAGAAAUUGCCAAACUUAUUGAUGAAUUGGAUGUGGAAUUAGCAGAAGUCCAUCAUUAAUAUGCAAGAAGAACAGAUGUUCACAACAGAGAAGUAGCAAGACUUGAAUAAGAAAUCUAAGAUAAAGAAAGAGAGGUGUUCAACGCUCACGAUUUCUAUGAUAACGUCCUCAUCCCAUAAAGAGAUAGAUUCGCUGCACAACUUGAAUAAUUAUAAGACAACAUUGCUUAAAACAGAAGAACACUGAACGAGGCAACAGUCUAAAGAGCCAAUGAUCAUGCUGAGUUUGAAGCUUAGGUUGCUGAACACAACGAAGCCAUCAGUGCCAUUGAUGAAUCACUUGGUUUACUCAGUCAAUUAUCAGCACCAUCACUCGUCUAAGUCUAAAAGGUUUAGAAGAAUUUGACAAAAAUCUAAUAAAGCCUCAAGAGACACAGCACUUUCUAAACAUUCAUCAAGACUCUUAUUGAAAUCGCUGUCGAAGCCAACUUCGCUGAUUAAGGAGCUCUUAAAGAAAUUCUUGUUGCCUUCAACAACUUGAGAGUUUAAUUAGUUGAUUCACUUAACACAAUCACAGCCGACGAAGCUGAAGCCUAAAAGGAUUUCGAGGCUAGAGUUAUUCAAUUGAACUAAGAACAUGCUGAAUUCCAAAGAGCAGUAGUUGUCAAAACAGCUGAAAUUGAAGCUAAUGCCACCAAAAUCGAAUAAACCCUUGAUUUGAUUGAUGAAUUACAUGCAGAUUUGGAUACAUUGAAUGGAUAAUUGUAAGCUGAAAACGACGACUUUGCUUUCGCCACCGAUGUUUACAAUGCCACCGUUGCCGAAUACAACAAAGAAUUGAAUGCUGCUCACCAAGCCUUGGAUUUAUUAAAUUAACCAAGAUUCACCGAUUAUGUUAAAUCAUAACUCAAGGGUGCAUUCUGACCUUAUUAAAUAAAAGUUAAACAAAUUCAUUUUUAUAUCAAAUUU